GGUGCAUCUCAGAGCUUGUCCUACUUACAACUUCAGCACCAACAAUAUCACAUCACCCAAAAUGUCUUCUACCUGGAGAGAGUUCAUGUCUUGGAACAAGUACACCUCUAUCGCCUCUCGUGCCCUUCGACAGGCUCUCAAUGAGACCGACCGUGUCGCCGCUGAAAAGCGUGCCAUCAUUGGCGUGCGAUACCAACUCUGGGAGAACGGUCAGUCUGGCGAGUCCAACUAUGUUGUCCCCCCUCCCAAGGAGGCUAAAACUUCUGGCAAACCGUCCGUCUAAAUCGAAGCACAAAAGGCAGAGAAUGAUGGAAGGAUAGAAAGAAGGAGUAGAAAAAAAUGCAUGAAAUGGUUUGAUGAGGUUUCCCGGUGAGGUGGAUGUGGUCGGAAAAACAGAGGUUAAUUUGAGGGCUUGAAUAGAAAAAUCCAGGAACUGGGAGGAUUGAUGUUUGCAGAGCGUAAGACAGGUGCUGGAUAACGAUUUGAUUGGUACGGCGACAUAGCGGACGGCUUUAAAAGCGUUCGUCAACCAAAUGACUGAAUCAACAGAGCGCAUCAUCGACACAAGGCUUCAAAUGGUCAGCAAUUAUUAGCAGAGCGUAGUUUCUAACCUUCCCAUGUUCGUCAUAUUAUCACUUACCUUUGCCCCUACUGCCACUCGGCGAAGGUCUCAAUAUCACCGUCAAAUUGCCGUCAGGGAUAAAGAUGGGAUCAGUGGUAUCAACUGACGACUCUUACCUGCGGACUGCAACACCUUGCGGAUUGCGGCAUCACGUUUCUCACCUUUCUCGUCUAGAUUUAUCAUCACUCCGUUUACAGAGAUGCGGUCAGUAUGGAUAGACUCAUUCUCAGAGGUGCCCGAGAUUAGGAUCAACCACGAUGGGACCGCUUCUGUCCACGUGGCUCACAGCCUUCACACCAACUAUUAACCAGCCGGUAGUCUUUCAUUGAGUCUAUGUUCUGCCACAUCGUGUGAAGCUCCCAUCAUAUCGCCCGAUCUACCUGCCUUCCUCGAACUUGGAGAUUUACAAGAGUAUCCCAACCUCGGACUUGGCAAUGACUCGAGAGAAACUCACUUGGUGGACCUGGCUUCUGAUGCUCAAAACCCUUCGAAGAACGCUGAAACUUGUGGUUAAUGGCCACGAAACAUGCCAGGAACGAAGGUGCGGCAACUCGAAAGGAGCUAUCUCAAAUACAAAGGUUUUUUUUUUCGCAUGCAGUCACUAAGCCGCGUGGUUAAUUUAUCAUCAAGGGUAAGCUUCAACCAUCCACUACUGGUUGAGUCCAUGUUUUGAUACCAAAGCGAACCGCACAAAAGAUGUGUCAUUUGUCAGAUCGACUAACUGUCUAUAUCAAUGCCACGAGGAUGUCGCUUUCAAGUUUUCCCUUUUUUAUCCUUUUGGGUUUCCUCAUUCUCCAUUUCUCCUCUCCAUCUAUCAACAUAACGUCCCCACCCCAGCAUUCCGCUCCAUGCAAUCUUCAAUUACCCUGGUCCUGUCGGCGUUACUCCUCAUCAUUUCCUUUUUCCAAAUCUUCGCAUUUGGCUUCAACACCAGGGUAUUGCCAUCCUCGAUGAGGACUUCAUCGCCCGAACUUCACCUGGUAUAGCACUCUACAUUAAUCCUUUUUUCCCUCUAGACUUUGAUUAUUGGGAAAGGGAUUCUGCUGUCAAGGCGGAGCCAAUUGCGAGGAAAGGGAUUGAUGAGUCUCGAACAACAACGCCUGCUGGCAUGGAGAUGCUGUAAAAAAAGUAUAGCUUUGGAUCCUUUAUAAAUGUAUAUGACGAUAUGUAAUU